AUGGUCUGGGGUGCCAUAGCAUAUCAUGGACGAUCUCAAUUGCUACGAAUUGUGGGUAAUCUUAACAACAAUCGGUACAGCAGUGAAGUUCUACAGCCCCAAGCUGCUCCCUUCCUUCAAGCCUUGCCAGGCGCUGCAUUUCAACAGGACAAUGCCCGCCCUCAUAUUGCUAGGACUGUUCAAUCCUUCCUUGCAUCGCGGCAGGUACAGCUUCAUCCUUGGCCUGUGUAUUCACCGGUUAUGUCGCAGAUUGAACAUGUGUGGGAUUUCGUUGGUCGGCGUCUCGCUCAUGAUCCUCGUCCUGUUGCUUCUACAGACGAACUUUGGAUUAUCUGUUAUUGGUUCCUGGAAGCAAUGACAUCCCAAGUUGUGAGACCGAUUCGAUAUACUAGUUGUNGUAUACCGGGCAAUGGCACUUAA